AUGGGGCCAUCUCCGUGGUCGCCGUGCCCUUCCUCCCUUUCUUUAUCUCAUGUGACGCUAAAGCCGGAUGGUACUCUACGGGUUACGGUAUCCAACUGUUCAUCCGGAGUGGCAAAGUCCACACUUGAGGCGCGGCUAGACCUCCGAAGGUUACCAUUACUCCUGAGAACAGUGUCAGAACAGCAAGAGGCUCUGGCUGGCCCCCCCUAG